CCUUCGUCGUCCUCCUCCUCCUCCUCCUCCUCCUUGCUCCUGCUCCUCCCUCCUGCCUCGUCUCCUCUCAGCUCACAGGAUGGAGGUGCGUCGCCUCCUGCGAGGAGCUCUGGCGUCUCUCGGUCGUCGCCUGGACUCUCUGGAGAGGAGGAGCAGGAAGAGGAGGAGGAGGAAGAGUAGGCGGAGAGGAGGAGAAGAAGAAGCAGCCUGCUCAGGUGCUCCUCUGACUCCUCCCCCCCUCCCAGGUCUGGCUGCUCUCCCCUGCAGCUCCGCCUCCUCCAGUAGCCCCGCCCCCCUCCCACCUGUCACCUCCUCCUCUUCGUCAUUAUCUUCAUCAGACAGCGAGGGGUCCACGGCUCCUCUGGCCUCCAGUUUCAGCCAAUCAGAGCAGAGGAGGAGGCAGAGGAGCAGGGGAGAGGAGGAGGAGGGUGGAAGGGGGAGGAAGAGGAGGAGGAAGAACCACGAAGGAAGAGGAGGAGCAUUUAGUGUGUUCCCAGUAAACGCAGAAGAAGAAGAGGAAGAGGAGCAUGCUGGGAGAUUUGUGGGCCGGAUGGCGGUCUCCUUCAGAGGAGGCGGAGCCGAGGAGGAGGCGCCGCUCACUCUGUACAACUUCAACCACAGGAAGCACAGAAGAAGAGAGGAGGGAGACAGCGGCCAAUCAGAGAAGGCCGUCAGUGUGGUGGUCAGGCAGAACGGUUACAGAGCAGCACAGCUGCUGCACAGCAUCUCCAGCUCCUCUUCCCAGCAUGCCUUGCAUCUCCUCCAGAAGGGUCAGACCUUCAGCCAAUCAGAUGUCCUCUCAGUCUCCUCCAGCCAAUGGCGUUUCUCAGACUUCACCCCUCCCUUCUCCCUCUCCUCCAAUCACAGUGCUUUCCGCCUGUGGCUGUCUGCCUCUUCUUUUAGCCCCGCCCCCACCAUGCUGCAUCUGUCAGCGGUUGCCGUGGAAACACUGGCGUCAGUGAGGGGUGGAGCUUGUGGGAGUCCCCUGCGGCCCCUGAAGGACUGGACGGCCCCGCCCAGUCUGAGCUCUGAUCACUGUUAUAUGCGGUCGCCGACGCCGAGCCCAACUUCCUCUGCCCGGCGACAGCAGAAGCAGCGGGCCAAUCACAGCGCUCGGAGCCUCCGCCUCCCUCGACGACGGUCUCUGCCCCUCCCCCCAUGUCCAGCCAAUGGACUGUCUGUUUCGGUCACAGCCAGCCAAUCAGCAGCCAGCUCCAAGUAUCUCAGCACAAAUGGAGAGAGAGGUAAACGAGUGUCACAGAUUCGAAUCCGCCGGGCGUCGCCGCGGGAAACGCCGCUCACUCCAAUGGGACUGCCAAAGGUCAAAAGGUUGAAGAAGAAAGAGUUCAGUCUGGAGGAGAUCUACACCAACAAGAACUACAAAUCCCCCACCACCAACAGGAGUCUGGAGACGAUCUUCGAGGAGCCACGGGAGAAGGAUGGAGCGCUGCUCCUGAUUGGCCAGCAGAGGAGGCGCAGGCUCCUCCUCUUCCCUGACUUCACUCAGCCCAGGAAGAGGAAGAGGCCGCAAGGGGUGGGACUUCCUGUUGCCAUGGUGCCCAAGAAGCGGGCGGCGGCCCGGCGACAUUAUCAUGGCAGCGCCGGCGAUGACGAGGCGGACCUGGAUGUGAUGCUGGUGGAGCGACUGAGCGCGCUCGAAGACUUCCUGACACGACAGGGCCUGGAUGUGUGAACUGUGACAUCACUUCCUGUCAGCUGACUAAAGGCCAAAUACACAGAGCUGCUAGCACGCCCGUUACUGCUGCGUUACCAUGGUAACACCAUCAGCUGUAGCACACUGCUACUUCUGUGUUACCGUGGUAACACCAUCAGCUGGGUGGUCGGAUGUAGCGGGUGGUUUUGUUUUCUUUGCAGUGUACUUGAUGUUGUUUUUUUAGUUUAAUUUUUUACAGUGUAGACUGUUCAAAAUGUGAAAUAUUUAAUAUUUUAACAGCUGACCUUUGACCCCUGCACACCAGGAGGCCACGCCCCCAACAGGACACAACUUUAUUUUACUUCUCGUUUAGUCAAAUUAAAAAUGUGAAUCCCCC